CACACACUAGUGCCCCAGUCAGUGCCACUGGUGCAGGAGACGGUAGAGUGCUUCCCAUCUACCGCUCCCCUCCUGACUAGCAAUUAUCAACUAUUUGGUAAAAUUUCAAUCCGGAAAUAAGCAAACAGUGUCAAAUCUAAAGCAAAGAUUGAAAAUACUGUUUAAAUUAACAAAAGUUUAGAACAGACUCUAAAAUCAAAAUAAGUAUCACCUAAAAAGUGAAAUCAAACUUAAAGUUUGUGAAAAAACAUGCCUAUUUUUUAAUGAGUUGAGGUGAAACAGCUGUUAGUUUGUAACGUGAACUGAACGACGUGUUGAGUAAGAUGGUACAUGGUGGCAGGAUGAGCACUCGGCGACAGCUGUCGUGGAGAGCGAGACAGGGCGGUCAGCGGCUGCGGGAGGGUGGAAGGAUGGCUGCUCUAACCUGCUGGGCAGACUUUGUCACCCCACGACUCGUGCCUCUCAAGAUCACCUUCUUCAUCAUCAUGGGAGCGACCCAGUGCGUGGCUCCCUUCACCACCCUACUCCUGAGGGCCUUGGGACUGACAGUACAGGAGACUGGCUUUGUCUACACUAUCGGGCCCAUUAUCCCCGUGUUUGCACCCCUUCUCGCCGGCAUUAUAGCUGACAAGAUCGGUAACUUCAGAUGUAUUCUGGUGUUUUCUGUGGCCCUGAGUGGCUUCAUAUCCCUGGCCUACCUGGCUAUCCCUCCAGCUCGCACCUCACCUAACUACUCAAACAAAGUCUCCUUCAGCCUCAGUUGCGACCCAGGGUUCGUCCUCACUCCAAGCUCACUCAAGCAGGAUAAGGACAAGUGCGUUUUCUUCAACAAAACCGUGACGCUUUCCUCGGUGGAAGCUAAAGAAUGUGGGUACUUGUGUAAGCAAGCAGCAGUCGAAUAUCCCGCGAAACUGCUCAAAGAAGUCAAGAAAGUAAAGUUGGUGCAGGCAGUCAAUCCUCUUUUAUAUCACAUGUGUAAAAUCCAAAACAGUAAAGACAACAUGCCGGUGACACAAAAGUGCUUCAGGAAGAACCUCAACAAGUCUCUGAGUCACGAGAACAUGCCUAAAUCCUUUAUGAUUCACAAUUUACGUCUUCCCUUGUCAGAAAUCGAUCGCACUCAACUGAAGAUUCCGGUCGCAAACUUUACUAUGUCCGCCGAAGAGCUCCGUAGCUUCGAGUGCCUGAAAGGUCGUGUACCCAAGAAGAUUUCCGUUCCCAAGAUCACCAUGGAAGAGGAUUCUCCAGAUUUUACAGAAACAGCUGCGUCUGUUGAGUGUCAUUUCCACUGUCAAGCGACCAUCUCCCAUAACCUGACUUGCGAGGAUCGACCACACAGCAUAGUGCACAAUGUGGCUCUGAGCUUCUGGCUCUUUGUCACGGCAAACGUACUGAGCAAACUCUUCAUCGGGCUUACAUAUACGCUCUUUGAGGUGGCAGUAGUGGCUAUCCUCAAGGAGUACGGCUAUGACUACGGACUCCAGAGGAUCUAUGGCUCCAUCGGUGGCAUGGUCUUCGCACCACUGUCUGGCUUCUUCAUCGACCACUUUGGAAAAGGAGGCCACUACCAAGAUUAUUAUGUGAUGUUCAUCUUCUACUGUUGCCUGAAGGUGUUGUGUGCCUUCCUGCUGAUGAAGGUUGACUUGCGAUUCAAGGUCCCCGCCAGGAGCCUCUGCGAGAAUAUGGGAAACCUCUUAAGGAACCUGGAGGUGCUUCUGUUGCUCUGUGUUGUCUUCAUCUCAGGAAUGUGCUACGGCUUCAUUGAGAACUUCCUGCCGUGGCACCUGCAUGAUCUAGGAGCCACCAACUGGUUCAUCGGCUGCCUCACCACCAUCGCCUCCGUCGCUGCACUGCCCUUCCUGGCCUGCUCCGGCGCUAUCUGCAAGAAGUUCGGCAAUUUCCAAGCCAUUGCCUUCGGCCUCGUCUGCUAUUCAAUCCGCUGUAUCGGUUACUCUCUCAUCCAAGACUACUACUGGUGCGCGCCCUUUGAGGUGCUGGAAGGCGUCACCACAGGUCUCCUUGUGACUGCAGCCAUCAUCUAUGGAUCCCAGUUAGCCUCCAAGACAAACGUGGCCACGCUGCAGGGAAUCCUGGCUACCCUGCACUAUGGUCUGGGCAAAAGCAUUGGCAGUUUGCUUGGAGGAUACCUCAUGUCAAAACUCAAGGCUCCUUUUACUUUUCAAAUCUUCAGUGGAAUCUCUCUAGUAUCUGCUUUCUGCUACUACUUAAUCGGGAAGUUGCUCAUCAUGCCUAAGCACGCUCGAGCCUUAAAACGCCGACAGGAAAUCAUGGCUAUGCCUAUUGAGACUAUAUCUCGCAAGGAACACAAAAAAAUGAGCACUCUUAAGAGGAAAGAAGAGACCAAGAGAUCCGACAAAGCCAAGGAGAAUGAACAAAAAGGACAGCCACCGUUGCCCGUUACAGAGAACGCCGAAGUUCACAUGGGAGAAAACGGAGUUCUUGACGACACUCAGAUGACAGACUUACCUCCAGACGAUACCAUGAUAUCCUUAGAUGAGUCCUUUGUGGAAAAUGAAGGGCAAAAGAAAGAGAAAAGUUAGUUCUAGUGCUUUCCACUGCUUGUGAAGUCAUAUUCAUUGCGGAAAAUGUUGUGGUCUAGUGUGUCUAUUUUUAAUUACUGUGAGUGUCUGGUAAUAGUCUUAAGAAUUACAGAAAAAAACGAAAAUUGGUAUGAAAGUUAUUGUAAAAAAUGGGUGAAAGAAACAUUACAUAAUAAUGUUGUGUUACCAAUGAAAAACUGCAAAAAAUAAAGAAUAUAUCUUGAAUAAAAA